AUGGAGAAUGGGCAUCAGCUCCAGGGUACGAAAGGAGAUGAGGGUCCAGUUGGUUCUACAGGCAAGCAAGGUCUUCCAGGCUUAACAGGACCUCCUGGUUCACCAGGUCCACAAGGUCCUGCUGGAAAGACUGGACUAACGGGAGCCUCAGGUGUAAUCGGUCCUGCAGGUCCACCUGGUCCACAAGGUUUACCUGGAAGGACUGGACCAGCAGGUUUCUCUGGGCCUCGAGGUCCUAGAGGGGAAACAGGACCAAGUGGUCAAAAAGCAUGUACACUACUCUACAAAAGGGUGAAUUCGACUAACCAGAAGAAUGAGGGAUCUGCAGGUCCUGUUGGUACGCCAGGUCCACACGGUCCCAAGGGAGUAAAAGGCGCCAUUGGGUUACCAGGAGGAAAGGGAGAAGCAGGACCGCAAGGCAUCGCUGGACCAGAGAUGAGUGAGGAUAUUUUGAUUCGCUAUUUCAACCCGGUCAAGGGACUAUUAAAAAGGGUACGACGUGAAGAAAUAGUCAAUUUGUAG